UCUGCAAAGUGAGAUACUAAGAAAAUCGUUUUGAAUAAGUAACUUCAGCAUAGUUAAUUGAAUUGUUAGACAAAGAGAAUGGGUGAUUCUUUGAUGUCUUUCUGUACAAGUGAUCCGACCUUGUCUACAGAUAGCCUGUCGUGACUUGUAUGUCAAUUUUUUUCACUCUUGAGUAGGAAGUACUACACCCCUUGAGGAAACUGGUUUGGUUUAGUCCUCCAGAGUCACGGCAUUGCGUGAAGUUUCUGCAUAGUGUUGGGCUUUUUCUGGACAGUGAAGACCGGAAGGGGUAAUCCUAAAACUCGGGUCCUCAGCCAAACCGGUUCGGUACACAGUGGGGGUAAUCAGACAGUCCAGGUCACAACGGCCCUGUGUGUGACGAUGCCGGACGUGGAAGCAGAGAGCAGCACCCAGCCGGAGGCCAUGGAGGAGGAAGAGCCUCUCUUCAGUAACCUGGACCUCUUCCUCUUCACCCUCAUCGCCGGCCUCAUCAUCUACUGGUUCAUGUCCCGCAAGAAGGCCGAGCCCAUCCCCGAGUUCAAGAAGCUCGACCAACCAGCACCUUCUACUCGAGAGACUAGUUUUAUUGAGAAGAUGAAGAAAACAGGUAGGAACAUUGUGGUAUUCUACGGCUCUCAGACAGGCACGGGCGAGGAGUUUGCCAACCGGCUGUCCAAAGACGCCCAGCGCUACGGUAUGAAGGGUAUGGCUGCCGACCCCGAGGAAUACGACAUGUGUGAGCUGUCCCGUCUGGCUGAGAUUGACAACUCCCUGGCCAUCUUCUGCAUGGCCACUUACGGAGAGGGAGACCCCACGGACAAUGCCCAGGACUUCUAUGACUGGCUGCAGGAGAGUGACCUGGAACUGAAUGGAGUCAACUACACAGUGUUUGCGUUGGGUAACAAGACAUAUGAACACUACAAUGCCAUGGGUGCGUAUGUGGACAAGAGGCUGGAGGAGCUGGGAGCCAAGAGGGUCUUCGACCUGGGCAUGGGAGACGACGACGGCAACCUGGAGGAGGACUUUGUGACAUGGAGGGAGCAGUUCUGGCCAGCCAUGUGCGAGCACUUUGGAGUGGAGGCUUCAGGAGAGGACUCCAGCAUUCGUCAGUACGAGCUCAAGGAGCACAAUGACAUCAACAUGAACAAGGUGUACACAGGAGAGUUGGGCCGUCUGAAGAGCUUUGAGACCCAGAAGCCGCCUUUUGAUUCAAAAAACCCCUUCCUGGCUCCAGUCAUUGUUAACCGCAAGCUCAACAAAGCAGGCAACAGGCAUCUCAUGCACCUUGAAGUCGACAUUACAGGCUCCAAGAUUAGAUAUGAGUCGGGAGACCACGUUGCCGUAUAUCCCACCAAUGACGCAGCAAUCGUGAACAAGCUGGGACAGAUCCUUGGCGUGGACCUUGAUAUGGUUAUUUCUCUCAAUAACCUUGAUGAGGAGUCCAAUAAGAAGCACCCGUUCCCUUGCCCCACCACCUACCGUACGGCUCUGACCCACUACUUGGACAUCAUCCAUCCGCCUCGCACCAACGUCCUGUACGAGCUGGCCCAGUACGCCACCGACCCCAAGGACCAGGAGAACAUGCGCAAGAUGGCCUCGUCUGCUCCCGAGGGCAAGGCUCUGUACCAGAGUUUUGUGCUGGAAGACAACAGGAACAUCCUGGCCAUCCUGGAGGAUCUGCCAUCCUUGCGGCCUCCCAUCGACCACUUGUGUGAGCUCAUGCCUCGCCUGCAGGCCCGCUACUACUCCAUUGCCUCCUCCUCCAAAGUCCACCCCAAUAGCAUCCACAUCUGUGCUGUGCUGGUGGAGUACACGACUAAAACGGGGCGCCUCACCAAGGGAGUGGCCACCACCUGGCUGAAGAACAAACUGGUUGCGGACAACGGCCACAAGUCCACGGUCCCCAUGUACAUCCGCAAGUCUCAGUUCCGCCUGCCCUUCAAGGCCAGCAACCCAGUCAUCAUGGUCGGUCCUGGGACCGGCAUCGCUCCCUUCAUGGGCUUCAUCCAGGAGCGAGGGUGGCUCAAAGAGCAAGGCAAGGAGGUGGGAGAGACGGUCUUGUACUUUGGCUGCAGGCACAAGAACGAGGACUAUCUGUACCAGGAGGAGUUGGAGGAGGCUGAGAAGACGGGUGUCAUCACGAAGCUCAACGUGGCUUUCUCUCGGGACCAGGAGCAAAAGGUGUACGUGCAGCAUCUCCUGAGGACCAACAAGGAGGACCUGUGGAGGCAGAUCCACACAGACAACGCACACAUAUACAUCUGCGGGGAUGCGCGGAACAUGGCCAGGGAUGUGCAGACAGCUUUCUAUGAGAUAGCAGAGGAGCUGGGCGGCAUGACACGCACUCAGGCCACCGACUACAUCAAGAAACUGAUGACCAAGGGACGGUACUCGCAGGACGUCUGGAGCUAAAACCCCUAGGAUCCAACCACAUCCUAUGUUUGUUCGUUUUUAAACUUGCAUUGUUAUUUGUGCCAGUUUGUGUCAGUAAUGGUUAUAAUGGGUCACCAACCCUGGUACUGGAGAGCUACCGGGUGUGCCGGCUUUUGUUUCCGCCUAGCACUAAAACGUCUGAUUCUAUUGAUUGGCUUAUCAUCAUGAUCUUGAUUAGUUCAGAUGGGUGUGUUUGUGCCGUGCUGGAAUAAAAGCCUACACACCCUGUAGCUCUCCGGGACCAGGAUUUGUGACCACUGGGGAAGGAUAUCGCUGCCGUCAUCUCUGGUUGUUUUAUUUCCAUGGAGCAACCCAAGCACUCACGCACCACAAUAACGGUCGGUUAUCCUCCAUUCUGAUUUGAUAUUUUAUGUCAGUCGGCCAUCGGUUUGGCAGUGGCAAAUGUAGUAUCACAUUUGUCGACUUCGUGAGUGAGAUAAUAUAUUGUAGGUGUACAUAAUUGUACGGUGCAAAGUGGGGGGGUGGGCUUAAAUACAAAACUCAUACAGUGCAAGUAUUUUCUUUAGGAAGUUGACCUAAUCUGGGUAUUAAAAGUGUAUUCAGAAUACAUUAUAAAUAUUUUUGAUUUGUGAAAUAAAAAGUGAGAUCUUUUUGUCUACGAAAUCAGUAACUGAAUAUAUUAGUGUUGGUUUAGCUUUUGCAUUUGGAUAAGGGAUAUAUAGCCUUUUAUGCAAUGAGGAUGUUACUGUACAUUUCUAAUCAAUCACAGUAACGCUUAGCAAGGCAUGAAAAUAGUAUCAUGUUGUAAUUAAGUAGUCAAAAUCCCUCUAUUGAGGAGAAAUGAUUAGCUUUUAUUUUCCACAAGACUGCCUUUUUAAAUAUAUCAAUGAAAAUGAUUUUUGGGUUCCCUAUAGUAUGUAUAUACAUGAUGCAAUUUAAAAAAUAAUAAUAAUAAUUUUACCUUUAUUUAACCAGGUAGGCCAAUUGAGCACAAGUUCUCAUUUACAACUGCCACCUGGCCAAGAUAAAGCAAAGCAGUGCGACAAAAACAACACAGUUACACAUAAACGUACAGUCAAUAACAC